GUAGUGAGAUGAAGGUGAUAACAGUAUUGCUGUGUUUAGUGCUAAGUGUUGCUGCCGGAAAUGUGGAUCCUGCAGAGAACGUGCUGUGCGAUGUCUGCCGCUUUAUAGGAGAUGAAGUGACUGGUAGAGUGCUCACCCAGGAGGCUAAGAGUAAAGUUAUCAACUUGGCUAAGGCAGUGUGCAGCCAGAUACCAGUCUUCUCUAAGGAAUGUGACCUGGCAGUGAGCCAGCACGGUAAAGACUGGGUGGACACUCUGUUCCGGCUGUUUGAUGUGGACAUGCUCUGCUCUAAAGCCCACCUCUGCACCUCUACCACAAUGGACUUUGCUCUGAGGGACGGGGAGGCCUGCACUGCUUGUAUGGACGGACUGGACAUGGUGAAGAUGAUAAUUGAGAGUGAAGAUAUGAAGGGGCUGCUGCACGUGGUGGUUAAUGAGACUUGUAUGGCUGUUGCGGGUGACGCGGCUAGCUGUGAAGCUCUAGUGGAUACAGUCCUGGACCAGAUACUAGGUAACCUGGUUCCUAUGUUCAAUGUAAAGGCUCUGUGUGUUAACAGUGGUGCGUGUCCUGCUCAGCUGGCCUCUAAACCCACUGAGAUAGGGUGUACUGUGUGUCAGGACGUGUUCGGGAUAGUCAGCAACACAGUCAACUCUCCGGAGGUGGAGGAGCUGAUAGAGAUCACUGUUAACCAGACAUGCCUACUAGUAGGGUUCGGGGUGGACCAGUGUGAGCAUGUCUUCCUUUACCUAGCCAGCUCUAUACUGGACAGUGUCAAGCUGGCAGUCAAACCCGACUAUAUCUGUGCUAAUAUGGGGUCUUGUCCUGUUAGUGACACUUUCGAGCUGACCCCUGUAAAGGGUAAGGAGGGCUGUAAGGCUUGUAUGGAUGGGAUGGAUCUGGUGGACCAGAUACUGAAGUCUAACAGCACAAUAGAUCUUCUUCACAUAGCUAUUGAUGAGAUCUGUAUUGCUAUCGGAGGAGAUGUUGGUACCUGUGAGGGUAUUAUAGAGGGUACCUUGGAUCCCAUUAUAAAUAACCUGAUAGCCAUGUUCGACCCGGCCAGCCUGUGCAAACAAGCUGGGUCGUGUCCGGCUCUAGAGAAUACCAAGUGGGAGGGGGGCGUGUUCUGUGAGGCCUGUGUGGACGGAGUGCUGGAGUUACAGAACAUAGCUGAGGACACUGAGACUGACGAGAUGUUGGACGAGCUUACUGACAUUCUCUGUAAUGUUAUCCAGAUACCCUUCUGUAAUACAGUCAUAGGCUCCAUCAUCAAGGAGUCCCUUGCAGACGUUGAGAGCCUGAACCCAAACACAACAUGUGCUAACAUAGGGGCCUGCAGUAACCUAGACAACCAGGAGACAGUGAGCAGCUACGAAGUGAGCAGCAGUGUAGGAGACACGUGCUCAGAGUGUACCAUGAUAGCAGGGGAACUGAUAACCCUUCUAGAGAACCAGCAGGUAGACGCUCUCUUAAAAGAGGCCAUCUCCGAGAUUUGCACUGUUCUUCCCAUCUCUGACUGUGAGACCACUCUAGACGGCUAUUUCGACCAGAUCGUCGCUCUUCUCAAGAAUAUGGACGCUAAAACUCUCUGCAGUCUCAUUGGACUCUGCUAGAACUCGCUGCAGUCUUAUUGGACUCUGCUAGAACUCGCUGCAGUCUUAUUGGACUUUGCUAGAACUCGCUGCAGUCUUAUUGGACUCUGCUAGAACUCGCUGCAGUCUCAUUGGACUCUGCUAGAACUCGCUGCAGUCUUAUUGGACUCUGCUAGAACUCGCUGCAGUCUCAUUGGACUCUGCUAGAACUUUCAACUUCAGAUUUCAGAUUUUUGUUCUUUCAAUACUAUUCGGUGAUUUUGUACUUUAUGUUUCUUUCGUGAAGUUUUUAGAUUGAUAAAUAACUUUUUACAAUAAUACUGAUUCA